AUGGGUGCUCCGUUAGUGUGCGACGGGCAUUCUCGUCCCGUCGUCGAUGUGGCUUAUAGUCCGAUGACUCCAGAUGGAUUCUUUCUCAUUAGCGCAAGCAAAGGAUCAGCGACCAAUGGUGGUAUCAUAAGUGAAGGGUUCCUAAGAUGGAGAAAUGGACUUGGUGCAGAGGUUCAUGCAGGAUCGGCCCUUCCACAAGAAUCGGAUGUUAUUGCUGGACAAGGGACUAUUGGGAUGGAGAUCACUCGUCAGGCUAAGGGUCCAUUGCAUGCUAUAUUUGUGCCAGUUGGUGGUGGUGGUUUAAUAGCUGGUGUUGCUGCUUAUGUGAAGAGGGUUGCUCUCGAGGUGAAGAUCAUUGGUGUAGAACCAGCUGAUGAAAAUGCAAUGGCGUUGUCGCUGCAUCAUGGUGAGAAGGUGAUAUUGGACAAGGUUGGGGGUUUUGCAGAUGGUGUAGCAGUUAAAGAAGUUGGUGAAGAGACUUUUCGUAUAAGCAGAAAUCUAAUGGGUGGUGUUGUUCUUGUCACUCGUGAAGCUAUUUGUGCAUCAAUAAAGGUACGGUCAGUGGCGGAUCAAGAACAUAUUUUAACUCGGGGCACAAAAUAA